CAAUAAAAUAAUGAAGUGCCAAGAUAAUUGAACGCUCAACUCGACGGCCGAUUCGUGGAUCAUGAACGAAUUUAUGAAAAUAACGGAAAGAAAAUCGAAUAGCACAGAAUCGAUCGACGAAACCAUUUGCUCCGACCGAAUCGCCAACAGUUCCGUUUACAACAGCCCCGCAUGGCCGCCGGAUUCGUGGUUAUUUUGUUUUCUGAUCGCUCUCAAGAUCGUCGUAAUGGCGUUCAUAAUAAUAGCCGCUCUAUUCGGAAAUCUAUUGGUGAUCGUAUCGGUGAUGAGACACCGGAAAUUACGCGUCAUAACAAAUUAUUUCGUCGUGAGUUUAGCUUUAGCUGACAUGUUGGUCGCCAUUUGGGCGAUGUGUUUCAAUUUUAGUGUGGAAAUUAGCGGGGGACGAUGGAUUUUCGGUUAUUUUAUGUGCGACGUAUGGAAUUCGUUAGACGUUUACUUUUCCACGGCUUCCAUAUUGCAUUUGUGCUGUAUUAGCGUCGAUAGAUAUUACGCGAUAGUCCAGCCGCUGGACUAUCCUUUGAUAAUGACUAACGUCCGUUUGGUGUUAAUGUUGGCUGUAGUGUGGUGUUCGCCGGGAUUAUUAUCGUUUUUGCCGAUUUUUAUGGAAUGGUAUACGACGUCGGAUCAUUUGGAAUUUCGUAAAAAGAACCCUCACAUCUGUACUUUCACGGUAAAUCGAAUUUAUUCGGUGAUUUCGUCGAGCGUUAGCUUUUGGGUACCCGGUAUGGUGAUGAUCUUCAUGUAUUACAGAAUAUAUAUGGAAGCAGACAGACAGGAAAGGAUGCUGUACAGGAGCAAAGUGGCGGCGGCUCUCCUUAACAAACAUCUACAAAUCAACGGGAUUUCCGCGGGUUUAUCGUCGUUAAGACAAUCAGUCGACGAAGGUUUAGUAUCAGAAGAUAAAGCAGCAGCCGCCGAAGCCGUUGCAACCGAUCCCGGUUCCAGUAGCAAAAUGAAAAGGGAAAGAAAAGCGGCCAGGACGUUAGGGAUAAUCGUAUCUGCGUUUUUAGCCUGCUGGUUGCCAUUUUUUCUUUGGUACGUGAUAUCGGCCCUGUGCGGUUACAGAUCGUGCUACAGCCCGCCGUGGGUGGUAACUUUAGUUUUCUGGGUGGGGUAUUUCAAUUCGGCCCUUAAUCCGUUGAUUUAUGCUUAUUUCAAUAGGGAAUUUCGGGUGGCUUUCAAAAAAACGUUGGAGAAUUGUUGCGAAGCUUCUUCGUAUUUAGUUUGUAGGAAAUAUUCGAUUGGAAGGGAUCCGCCGAUAACGUGCAGCAACGCUUCUAGCGAGCUGCACGGAAACAAUUAUUUAAGGGCCGAGGCCAUUGUGCAGAGAUUUAGUAAUUUAUCCGAACAAGAAGUUAUUAAUUUGAGGCAGAGCGAAGCCUGUAUUUAAGUUUUUGUUUUUUUCAAUAUAUAGAAUCUACAUAUCUGAUGCAAUAAAGCCGUUUAUAUUUUGACGACAUCUUUCGAAACUUCCGAAUCUUUCAUCAUACGGUGUACAUUUUAAAUUGAUAAUUUGGCUCGAAAAAUCAAAUAAAUUCCAACAUAUUUUGGUGGAAAUUGAAAAUAUACUGCUCCGCGUAUUGAUUUUUAUCAUAUCGGACAUUAUUUUCCAUAAGAUUUUGGUCUAAUACUUAAAAUAUAAAAACUUUCACAACUUUCCUUCGGUGGAUAUUUCG